AUGAGUCCAGCCGACUUAAAGGUUUUGUUUGAGGGAGUAGUCGAAGAUCAGAGUUGUGGUUCAGAGAAGGAGAUUGAGGGUUCGAAGCCGGUUUCUUCGCUAUUUAGUCGAUUGAGCCUGAUGCGAGCCUUGGUGAAGAUAGCCCAGCCAUCCCCAGUGCCUUCAGCUAAAGGGGUGGAGAGUAGUGGCUUUGACUCUUCUUUAUUAUUGUGUAGGCUUCCAGGGGCGAUUUGCACGGGCCCUUCUGCCAAAAGUCAAAUUCCUAGUCUCGGGGAGGUCUUUCCGGCUUCGGUUCUGAUUGCCAUAGGCACUAGUUUUGGGAGGGAUCCAAAUAACCAUUCGACUAUUUUGCAAUUGAUGCCUCAGGGUCAUGACCAGGUGGAUUGCCAUUUUCAGGAGCGUUUAUCGAACGAGUGGUUUGGCUGGUGCGAUUAUGGAAUCAACUCAAGGAAAGUAAGAAACAAGGUCAUCACCUUGUUGAUUGAAUAUCUCAAGAUUUUGGUACUCUUCUCAACAUGCGAUGCUGUAGAUUUCCACUAUUCCCUGUUUGGUGACUUCAAAUUAUCCCCUUCUCCGGAAUCAGAAAUGAGGCUCAAACAAAUGUUCCUUAAAUGCAAGAUUUUCCGGUUGCAUGGGAGUAUGAAGCCUGAGGACCGGAGAACAACAUUUCAGGCCUUCAAAUCAGAGAAGCUGGCUCUUCUUCUGUCUACUGAUAUUGCUGCUAGGGGUUUAGAUUUUCCAAAAGUUAGAUGUAUUAUUCAAUAUGAUCCUCCAGGAGAGGCAAUCGAGUAUGUUCAUAGGGUUGGGAGAACUGCUCGCCUAGGUGAAAAGGGAGAUUCUUUGUUAUUCUUACAACCGACUGAAAUAGAUUAUUUGCAAGAUUUGCAGAACCAUGGUGUAUGUCUUACAGAAUAUCCUCUUGUCAAGGUGUUGGAUAGUUUUCCGGUUCAUGGCAGGAAGCAAUCUGUAGAGAAGUUCGUCCCCUUGGAGUCGCAUUUCUGGAUCAUGUUCUUGCAGAAGGCUGUUGAAUCUUUUGUUGUUGCUGAGGUAUAGUCUUUUCACCAUCCCUCUUUCCUUCACUUUUGACCAAAACAAUAUUUUUCAGAGCAUACGAGCCUUCUUGACAAGGCCCUUAAUUUCAUGAUUAUGAAUGACAUGUCAAGUUGUCCGGGCGAAUAAAAUUUUGUCCAAUAGCUUUGAUUUGACAAUGCAAUCGAUCAUUCUUGGAAUUUUCAUUUAGAGAUGUUUGAGAUAAACAAUAGGAAUUAACUUUUUUUUU